UCAUCUCUUGCUGCCUUGAGGUCGGUAGAGCCACGUGCCUGCCCGAACUGGGAUCAUUCAAAGCCAGGAAGCCGGGACAAAAGUUUAAGUAUACGUGAAGUUGGGAAGUAUAUACCCGGUAUCUGUGGUGCCUCCGGCGGCAGAUUUUGUGAGGUGCGGGCAGGGAUUGGAUGUUUUCCUUUGCUUAGAAAAGGCGAGUGUGCGCAUAAAAAGGCAUUCUAGUUGAAGCUGUGUUAGGUGACAUGGCAACCUUUUGGAGAGCCUACCAGAGAUUGAUGGCCCAGCACCCCUGGAAGGUGCAAAUCAUCACAGCUGGGACCCUCAUGGGUGCUGGAGAUGUGAUUUCACAGCAGAUGAUUGAAAGAAGAGGGCUGUCUGGGCACAGUGGCUGGCGGACCCUAAAAAUGAUGAGCAUUGGAUUUUGCUUUGUGGGCCCAGUCAUUGGAAAAUGGUAUCAAGUCCUGGAUCGUCUAGUGCUCGGCAAAACCAGAGUGGCUGCACUCCAGAAGAUGCUGCUGGAUCAGGUUGGAUUUGCACCCUGCUUCCUGGCCUGUUUUCUGACUGUGGCGGGAACACUCAAUGGCCUAUCCUUGAAAGAGAACUGGAGCAAACUCAAGAAGGACUACCCUGAUGCCCUGAUCACCAACUAUUAUAUUUGGCCAGCAGUGCAGGUUGCCAACUUCUACUUCAUCCCCUUGAACUACAGACUUCCUGUGGUUCAGUGUGUUGCCAUUAUCUGGAACAGUUAUCUUUCCUGGAAAGCCAAUAAACUAUAAUCUGGCAUGGGAAGACAUGAGAACUAUGCUUAAUGCUAUUAGAACACCUGCAGAUUUUCUUUACUCACUGUUCUUCAUGCAUUGCAAACAGAUGACCAACCCAGGAUGCAUACCAUAAACCAGCCACCAGCCCAGUAAACCAGCAUAUGCAACUGCACAAAGAUAUAUUCAUGAAAAAGCCCCAAGUAUUCCCUGAAGAGGAGAAUUGGACAAAAUAAACCCCUGAUCUGCAUACUAUUAGCAGUUAAAGAAUCAGACCAGCUAUCACAGCUGCCCGAAGAAACUGAAGAUAUACUGUGUUUUGGAACACAGGAACUGCUGCAAUCAUCUAGGUACUUGACUGUAGGGUGUUUGUAGGAAAACUAAUUUCUCUGAGCUGUGAUUACUAUUCUCUAGGAAUGUAAAAAGCUCUUUUACACCUGCAGGCCAGGAUACACUUGGCUCUAAUGUAGAGGUGUCAACCUCGCAACGUCACAUGUGUUGCAACGUAUCACAACUUUUUUGCCAUUGCCAGCAACGGGAUGAGCGCAGUUUCCUAUGAUGUAUCCGGCCUGUGGGCCAGCAGUUUGAUACCCCUGUACUAAUGGAUACAAUUAGCAUAAAUAAGCUUGAUUAAUGUUCUCUGUUCACAUUUAACUACUGCCUUAUACAGUAACCAUUAGCAGUUAUAACAAUGAUGAAAAAGUAACUUUGCAACCAGUCCUUGCAUUUAUGAACUUCACAGGUCUAUAAAACAAAGGAAAGCUGAAGUAAGAUCAUAACUACAGUUGCGGUUUCACUACCAUUUGCUUUGCUUAAUCAAGUGGCCAGUCCCAAGUGUGGACCAAAUGAGAACUCCCUUUGGUAUCUUAUUGUGUCAUGUAACCCAAUCUUCAAUUAGUUUAUGGUUUAAUGCAUUAUUUUAACCCAGUGAGAAUUCAGUAACCAGACCAAGCAUUCUGUGUAACUGAGCCAUGGAAUAAGACAUUUGCUCCAUUUUGCCUAUUAACUGUAAGUAAUUACUGUAGCGGUUUUUUAGUGUUUUAAGGCUACUUUUCUGCCCUUGCUUUGGCAUAUCAAAAACUAGAUUUGAGGCCACCUGAAUGCGAAGCAUGGGAUCGUUUGCUGAAUUCACCAUUGAAAUAGUGGGAUACUGGAGGGUCCAAUUGAUAGCUAAGUUAAUUUUUGGAACAAAUUUGGAAAAUUGAUCAAGGAGAGAUAUAUUAGUGGCAAUUUGCCAUGAUAACUAGAGGGUAUCUCCAUAUAUUGAACCAGUCUCUCAGGAAGCUUCCAUUGUUGAUUUAUUUGUAUGUAGAUGCGUAUGGCAUCCACAGAGAUCAUACAAUCACUGAUGUACACAUUUAGUUUAAAGGAUCAGCAAUAUAUUGGACCCCAGAUCCAUAUUUUGCAACUGAACAUAGAAGGCUUAAGUAGAAGUAAAUGUGAGUACUUAAGCAGACUGGCCAUAGAUAAUAGGAUAGAUGUUAUAACACUACAAGAGACUCAUUUGGCUGACAAGGAACAGAUUAAAGCUUGAGGGAAGAUCCAGGGUCCACAAUUGUAGCCAAUAAAACAUCCAUUGUUAAUGAGUAUCAUAUAAGAAUGAUUGAUUUUUAGGUUCUGGUUGAUUCUAAGGAAUUAAAAUGACUACUACAAAAAAUAGGAUGCUUAGUCCAAUCCAAUUGGAAUCAGUUCUUACAAAGUAGGCGAACAUAUAGAACACAUAUAUGGUACAGUGGUUAAGGUUUUGGACUAGGAUCAAGGAGACCCAGUUCUAGUCUGCCAUCAGCCAUGGAAGCUCAUUGAGUGAUUUUUGAGUCGGGUUGCUUUCAUUCAAGCCAAUCUACUGAUCAGGGAUGUGGUUAUGGGAGAAAAAUAGGAGGGAGAACUAUGUGUGCUAUCAUGAGCUUCUGUAUAGUGAUAUAUAUAUCAAAUGAAUAAAUAUAUAUAAUCAAAAGUGAUAUAUAAAUCAAAAUAAAUGUUUUCACUUCGAACUUCAA